AUGGUGGAGAUCGAGCUGCUGUCUGCGCAGGAUAUUGAGCUUCCUAAGUAUACAAGUUCACCAAUACACUUUAGUGCAGCAGAAUUUGACGAUGUUGUACCAACAAUUAGUGAUGAGGAAAGUGAUGAUGAAUACCCAGAAGUAAUUGAUGAGUUGCCACAUUCAGAGUCCACUGUGAUAACUUCCGAGCAAACCACAUCACCAUCAUCACCCCCACAACCUCCUACAACUGAAGCACCACCACUUCCAACUUCCAUUGAGACAAUAACAACAACGAAUACAAUAACGGUGCCAAUUACAACUAUUGAACAGCAUGAUACAACCUCAAAUGUAAAACCAGAGGAAAUCGAAGCUGAACCCAUUCCCAAGGCUGAACCUGAAAGUCCUAGCAUCACAUCACCUUCUGAACCUCAUAAUUAUUUCCCUUAUAACGCCCAUAAUGAGUCAAUCUAUGAUGAUGAGAAUAUUUUCCCUGCUUUAAACACUAAUAGUACAGUAGUUAAAUUUGAUGAACUCAACCCUGAAUUGAUUAAUCAUGCUACUUUGAAGGCACUUAUGGUUCAACUUACAUCACCAGAAAUUAUUGAUUAUAAUCUUAUUUGUGAUUUCUUUUUAACUUAUAGAACAUUUGUUUCAAGUGUUGAAGUUAUGAAUUUAUUACUUACUAGAUUAAUAUGGUCACUUCAAUAUAUUCAUAGUAAUGAUUCAAAUAAUGUUAAAAUUGGUAAAUUAGUAUUAUUGAGAACAUUUGUGGUACUAAGACAUUGGAUAUUGAAUUACUUUGUUGAUGAUUUUGAACCAAAUUCUUCAAUUUGUGAUACAUUUACAACCUUAAUUAAUGAAAUUACAAUUGAACUGGAUUUUAUAAAUAAAGAGGAAAUGAUAUUUGAAAGGAAAGUAUUCACUGAUUUGAAAAUUCAUUGGAUAAAUUCAAUAAAUGAAUUUUGGAAUACAAAAAUUGAUAUUGAAUUAAUUACACUGGUUGUUUUACCAUAUAAAUUACCAUUAAUAUCGGAAGUUACAGCCAUACAACCAAAGAAAUUAUCUAAAAGUAAUACUGAUAUGUCAAUCCAUACAAAUCCUUCCUAUAGAAGAUCAGCAAUGCUUUCACUUUAUGAUCAAAAAGUUCAUCAUAAAUGUUUAAUAUUUGAUGAUGUUAGUAAUGAUGAAAAUCCACAAAUGUCCAUUAAUAAUUUAUUGUUACAACAUAAACUGUCAAGAGCUUCUUUAAACAAUCAAUUACAGCAAUUGAAGACAAGGAAGGAUGAACCUCAUAAACAAAGGAAACCAUUAACCACCACUAAUAAGCAUAAUCAUAUCAAUCUUCAAGAUUCAUCUGUUGGAUUGAAAAGGACUACCAGGAGCAAAGAUGAGUUAGAAGAUGGGAAAGAUGAAGCAGAAGAGGAAGAAGAAGAACGGGAAGAACGGGAAGAAAAGGAAAAAUCAUUUGUACCUAAGAGACACACAGAUUCCCCUUCAUUCAAUGAAGGGAACACUGGGUUUUCCACUAAUGGGAAUGUUAAGUUACCAUCAUCUAAAGUUGAAACGAUACUUCCACCAACUCCGGUAAAGAAAAUGGAAUAUACCAUUAAAUCCGAUUAUCUCACGAAUGACAUCUCAACUAUGCCAGCUCCUAAUGCACACCAUUCUGUUCUUUCUGAAGACAAUGAAAUGGUGAGAAAGACUUCUAUUAAACGAUUGGUUGAUGGAUGGAAGAAAUCAUUUCAUCAUGCACAACCAGUUUCUUCUGUUGGUACAUCUACUUCCAAUGAUAACAAUGACUUGGAUACACUUAUCACUAAAACCAUCAACGUCAUGACCGAAGAAGAUCGUCGAGCAUGUAUUGGUGAUAGAGUUGAUAUUUUGAGUGCUAGGAUCAUCGACGAAUUGGAAUAUUUGAUUCGUUAUUAUAUUAAGAAUGAGGCAUCACCAAAUACAAUUCUUGAAGAUCAUAAUGAUGAAUUGGAUAAUGAACAUUCUAUUGCUGUUGGUACUCCGUCCAAAAAACGUAAGAGUACGAGAAGUAAUGAUGAACUACCUGAACACAAUAUAGAUAUCAAUGAUAUUUCAGAUUUGAAUAUUGUGAAAAUUGAUAAUUUAUUGAAUGUUGAACCAGGCGAGGAGAUGCAAGUUGAAACCGAAGAAAAUAAGGAGUUGGGUACUGAAGAUCAGAGUUUGGAGGAGCACAUUGAUCUGAAAGAAUCCUCAUUUCAAAGACCUGCAAGUAUUAACUGGAAUGAUGAAGGGAACUUGGAAUUUGAGCAUUCAGAUGGUCAAGAUCUCAGUUUGAGUAAUAGCGUGUUGGAAGACGAUAUUGAACACGUCGAUGCUGGUCACCAAGACGUUGAAAGUUGUCGCACCCCACGUAAGGAUAGGGCCAAUAAAUCUGGCACCCAAUACUUUGAUGUAAGUUCAGAAUUUGAAAAUGAAGACGGGGCUUUCAUAUCACCAACUGAAUCAGAUCAAUCAUUUAGAUCUUCUAUUUCUACCCCAAGUAACAUUACCCAGUAUGAUGCAGAUGUUGCAGAUUUGGGAAUUGUCCUUAGUCCUCAAAAACAGAAUCAAAGUCAAGCGCAAUUAUUGCAUUCACUGCUGCUGAUACAUGCCCAUAAAAGAAUUUCAUUCAAUGAAGCCAACAUCAAUUAUAAUCAAAAAAGACUUUCCAUUAUAUCUAGAACAUCUUCCAGUUCAAUCUUCAAAAGGGAUUCUGUCAAAUCAUAUAUCAGUUAUGAUUCAGUUUUUUCUUCAUCUAAUGGAUCUACCUCUAAUAAAGUUGAUAAUAGUGGUUUCUUAAGGAAAAAGACCGGGUAUAAUAAUUUAAGAGGAAAUAUUAAGGGUGAACGUGAUUCUUCGUCAAACCAAUCCGUUCCAGUGCGAAACUCCUUUGGUUCAUACCCAUCUAGAUCAUCUUCAUUAAGAAAAAGUAUUCGUUUAAGUACUUUGUGUGCUCUUACUGAGCUCCCUUUUAAUAAUUAUGAUGAUUCACUGUCAGCGGCAGAUGUCACCAGUACUAAUACUUCAAAUGUGAACACUCAUAGUCGAAAGUAUUCUACUAAAUCUGUCAAGCUGCUGGAAGUUGCAGAUAGCUCGAUUUUUUCGGUGGCAAUUAAAUGUAAAAAGGCUUCAAGAACUGCCAGAAUUAGCAAUACAUCAUCUGGUCUGAAUUCAGUUGCCAUUCCUGGAAUAAGUAACUAUGUUUUAAAAGAGCUUGCGGCUAUUCCAGAUGAAUCUUUCAGAUCAAAUGAUCCAAUUGAAUUUGCAUUAUAUAAAUUGGAAGGUAAGGGCAACAAGUUGAGAUCUGCUAAUAUGCCAGAUGAUACUCAGGAAAUUUUGGAUGAGAUUAAUAAUGCUCAAACUCAAGAUGUAAUUGAAUUAACAGACGUUGAUAUUACUGAAGAAGAACCUUUAACACCGGGUCAACGAAUUUCUGCCAUUGAAAAUUCUACGAUUGAUAUCCCAAGAAGUUCAACACCAAAGCAAGAUUUUAUGUUGAUGGAUGGUAAUCGUAGUGGUGGUACUAAUUCUAGUAGUAAUAUGCUUAACAGGACUUAUCCAUCGCCAAAGGCGAUCUUGGAUGCAUAUUCAAUGACCACUGAAAGUUUGCGAGUGGAAAGUGUAUUACAAGCUAAUUCUCAUGUAUCAUUCGUUUUAAGUUAUGAUUCUAAAACUUUAGCUGAACAUUUCACUGCUAUUGAACAAGAUAUUCUACAAGAAAUCGAUUGGAAAGAACUUAUCGAAUUGAAAUGGAAUAAGGAUUUACAACCAGUGAACAGUUGGCUUGAAAUAAUUGUGAAUGAUAAUUAUUAUAGUCAAAAUAAGGGUGUGAAUCUAGUUAUUUCCAGAUUCAAUUUGAUGGUUAAUUGGAUUAUAUCUGAAAUCUUACUCACACAAACUCAAACUGAAAGAAUAAACUUAAUCUCGAGGUUUAUUCAUAUUGCACAAAAUUGUUUUGCUUUACAGAAUUUCUCCACAUUAAUGCAAAUUAUUUUAGGGUUAACCUCUGAAAAAGUUACCAAACUUAAAGAAACAUGGAAGAACUUACCACCAGGGGAUAUUUUGAUGUUAAAGAACUUGGAAGACUUGGCUUCGCCAUUGAAAAACUUCCUUAAUAUAAGGUUGUGUAUUAACCAUAUGAAGCCAUCUAAAGGAUGUAUUCCUUUCGUUGGAUUAUAUCUCUCAGAUUUAAUUUUUAAUGCUGAAAGACCUGCAUUCAUCAAACCACCUAAAACUACACCACCAGUUGAAGGUGCAGAUUUAACAACUUCAACAGCAGGUACUUUGGGUGAGGAAAAAGUUAUUAAUUUUUCAAGAUUCCGUACGUCCGUGCACAUUGUUAAAUCUUUAUCACAAUGUAUUGAAUGGUCUACAUACUACAAGAUUCCAAUUAAAAAUGAAUUAUUGUCUAAAUGUUUAUAUGUGAGGUCAUUAGAUGAGGAUGAGAUGAAUAUUUGUUUAAGACACAUUGCAGACCAAUACACUGUACUAUAA